GAAUCUGCUCGACGUGCAUUUGAAGAUGUUUUUGAGCAGUACAUCUCAAUGGGGCAGCUACAGGAUGCUGCCAAACUCUAUAAUCGUGGAAUACGCGAGUACUGCACAUCCCAUAAACACAUCAUUCAGAUGCUGAUGAACUGGAUCGAAGUUACUGUGCAUUUGAAGCAGUGGCAACAUUUGGACCCACUGAUUGUGCAGGCUGAUAGAGCUCUCUUGGAAGCAGUGGAAGUAGAGAACGUUGCUGCAACAUCGACAAGCCGACCAGGCCCACGUGCCGUAAACUCCACUCUUUCGGCAACUAGAAACAUGAAAAAGCUUAUCACCACUUCGACCGCCAAAGUCAUCGCUGUUUCGGCUUUGAGCCAUUUGAACAGCAAAAACUAUAGACAGGUGGCAAAGAAAUGCCUGAAGAUCGAAUUCGAUUCGUUUGAUUGCCCAACAUUGUUGGCAGCUAAGGAUAUUGUAAUGUUCGGCACAAUCUGUGCACUAGCAACUUUCGAUCGAUCCGAAUUGAAAAAAAACGUUUUGGAGAACGAAGUUUUCCGAAAAUUUCUUGAAGCCGAGCCGAAAUAUGUUGAGCUGGUGCAGAAAUUUGUUAAAAGUCAAUUCGGAAUUUGCUUCGAUCUCAUGGACGAGCUUCACGACGAACUUCUGUUGAACAUGUAUCUGUGGAUGCAUGUGAAGCAGUUAUAUCAGCUGAUUCGUCGACGUGCUAUUGUGCAGUACUUUACGCCAUAUGCAACGAUUAAUAUGAACAAAAUGGCACUCGUCUUCCGCGUCACUGUUGAUGAGUUGGAGGAUGAGCUUGUUGAUUUGAUUUCAAGUGGUGAAAUGUGUGCACGAAUUGAUUCGUCGAGAAAAAUUUUAUACGCAAAAAGCGAUGAUCAGUUGGUCUUUGCACACAACGAGUAUGUCUCUUCUCAUUUCUGCCAUGCUCAUUAG